AACGCCGAAUAGAAGUCUCGAUUUGCUAGGCCCAGCAACCAAUAAUAACCCAACACAGACAAAGCUUUAACCACGGAAUAUGGUCAAAAUAUACUCAAGUCACUUUUUUUUUUUUCGGAAGCAGACUUGAUGCUGGGGGACGAAACAGCGAUGAACUAGCGCACAACUACUUCUCAAUCAGCUGACAGGUUGUGUGACAUCGCCGGGGAAACUUAAAAAAACAACAACAACAACAAAAAACGUCGUUUUACCCACUAAAUGAGUCUGUAACCACUUAACGAUAUUUUUAUUUUUAUUUUUGGACGAGCAGUUUUACUCCGAACGACAAAGUGAAGGCUUUAGCUUAGCUUAGCCUAGCCUGUCUACCUGACACAAGUCAGCUGUCAUUAAAGAGACGACACCAGGAAAAACACGCGUGUCUUCUGGCGUGGGCGCAUUUUUUUUUUUUUUACCUUUCCACAUUAUCUCUUCCAUAUAGGUCGAUAGUAUUUUUUUUUUUGCCCUGUAAAAGAAGCCAAAAAGCCAAGCAGCCAGCAACACUUUUGAGUGCGAGUAUACGCCGCUGUGUUCGGGACUUGGGACGAGAAGCAGCUUGUGUACAAAAAAAAAAAACACCAAAAAAAACAACCCACUCGUCGAAUCGUGUUGAUAAUAUCAGUGCUAUUAUUCAACAUGACGGCUAUUGGAAUGGUGCAGAUGUUGAUCGAAGCCGCCGAGUACCUUGACCGCAGAGAACGAGAAGCUGAACAUGGAUAUGCCUCCAUGCCUCCCUUUAUGAGCAGCCAAGAGAGAGAAAGCUUGAAAAGGAAGAGCAAAAGCAAGAAAAACAUAAGUAGCAGGACUUAUGCAGAUCCCAAAUGCACAUCAGCAGGUGCUCAUAGGUCUACACACAAUGAAAUGGAAAAGAACAGAAGGGCACAUCUACGACUUUGUUUAGAACGACUGAAAUCCUUGGUUCCUUUGGGCCCGGAUGCCAACAGACACACCACGCUGAGCCUGCUGAUGAAGGCCAAAGUUCACAUCAAGAGGUUGGAGGAGAGCGACAGAAGAGCUCAGCACACCUUGGAACAGCUACAGAGAGAGCGGAGACAUCUGAGGAGGCGUCUAGAGCAGCUGGGGGUGGAGAGAACCCGCAUGGACAGCACAGGUUCCACCGUGUCCUCGGACAAAUCCGACUCUGAUCAAGAGGACCUGGAUGUGGACGUGGAGGGAACGGACUGCCUGCUGGGUGAUUUGGAGUGGAGCACCAGCAGUGUGAGUGACUCAGGGGACGAGCGGGGCAGCCUGCGCAGCAGCUGCAGCGACGAGGGCUACGCCAGUGCCAGCCUGCUACGUCUGCAGGACACUCAGGAGGGCGCCAAGCAGCCGGCCUGCAGCCUAUAAACAUUACCUGGUCAGAAUGUGCCGCUGUCACACACCCACAUCACCACCUCACCUGUUAGGACUAAACACAUCUGAGGCUUCUCAUCCAGCAAAGCAACUGCAGAAUUCUUGACACCAUUUUUGAGAGGUCUGUGAGACCCCUGCCCACGAUCAGCAGACAGUCUGCAGGUGUUCAGUCCAACAUGACGGAUGCAUCUUUCUUUCCACCGGAGAAUGUUGCCACACAAUAUCCCACUGCCUCUUUUCUAGCUCUCAAGAGCCUUGGGAAGCACUUAUGAGAUUUUACACACACACACACACACACACACACACACACACACACACACACACACACACACACAC